AUGGAGUUUUCAGAUUAUGCCCUUGCAUGGUGGGACCAAUUGAGCAUCAACCGCCGCAGAAAUAGGGAGGCUCCAGUGCGUACUUGGACAGAACUUCAUACACUAAUGCGAAAGAGGUUUGUUCCCCCUCAUUACCAUCGUGAAGUAUUGCGGAGAUUGCAGAGUAUACAACAAGGGUCGCGGUCAGUGGAGGAGUACUAUAAGGAGCUUGAAACACUUCUUCUACAAGCCGAUAUCCAUGAAGUUCAGGAGCAAACGAUGUCUAGAUUCUCGAAUGGGCUUCAAAACGAUAUUGCUAAUGCGGUAGAGAUGUGCCAAUACAUGGACGUCGAGGAGAUGGUACACUUGGCCAUAAAGGUGGAGAAACAACUAAAAUCAAAGCGGAUGCAAGGAAAAGAUGGAGUAUGUGUAGAUCCUGCAAAGGUUGCAGCCAUCCAAAAGUGGCCUACACCUACUAGCAUACGUGAUGUCCGUAGUUUCCAAGGCCUUGCAAGUUUCUAUUGUCGAUUUGUACUGAACUUCAACACUAUUGCAGCACCCUUAACUGCAAUUACCAAAAAAGAGGAUAAGUUUGAGUGGGAAAGUGAACAACAAAAUGCUUUUGAUACUUUGAAAUUAAAACUUACACGUGCACCUGUACUUGUUUUACCUGAUUUGACACGGCCCGGCCGCGUAUAA